AUGUCUUGCUUCUCUGAGCGCGUCUCCAAUUAUCCUCUUGUGAAUGAUUCACUGAAAGCUGCAUCGAACGCCUAUAAUUGGGUUUCCAGUAUUGAUCGCUUGCGCAACAUUUUCCAGCUUACAGAGAGUGCUGCAUCAAUUUUGAAGGAGAAAGCCGCUUCAGUCGCUAAUACAGAUUGUGUCACAAAACUUGAUGAGAUGGCUUGCCAUCACAUUCUGGAUCGCUUUGAGGCUAUUUGUCCUUCUGUGAAGAAGCCGACUGAAGAUUUGAUCGGCCCAACAGUUGAUCGUAUUCUUGAGGUUGCCGAGAAUCAUUUUGAAACCUUUCUUCCAGAAACAAAGGCUAAAAUUGAGGGAGAACCGGCGGCUACACGUUAUGAGCGUUUAAUGCGCCUACAAAAGGCUCUGGCUUGUACGGAGAAAGUUCAAGCUGCUCAUGAGACGAUUACCAAUACAUACAAACGUAUUCAGGAUCAAAUUGUCUCUCUCUCAACGGUUGCCACCAGAGAACGUAGAGAUGCUCUUCUCUCGUCAAUAAGCACUCUCGCUACUGAGUACAAACAGAGUGCUGAAGUUGUCUAUCCUCGUUUCAAAUCUUUCGUCGCUGGCGCCGUCUCCCAACUCCAAACCUACACUCACGACCUCAGUCAAAUGAAGGUAAUUCUUUAUGCUGAACCUUUAAUGCUUAUCGGAAAGCCUUUUAUUGGGUCAGUUACUGUUUAUGUAAAGGCUAUAUCUGGUUCCUAA